AUGGAACCUGACAAUGAUUGUGGUUGGAAGCCAAAAGUAGGAAUGACCUUUGAUUCGGAAGAAAGUGCGUACGAUUUUUAUAAUGCAUAUGAAGGAAGAAUGGGAUUUAGCAUAAGAAGGGAAUAUUGUAAGAAGAACAAGUUAACAAAACAAAUUAUUUCUAGAAAUUUGGUUUGCAACAAAGAGGGAUUUUGGAAGGUUGACAAGCGAGACCCAUUGACAAAAACCCCUAGAGCUGAAACUAGGACUGGUUGUGAGGCCCGACUUUUUGUUAAAUUGGAUGUCAAUAAUGGGAAAUUUGUUGUGAUUGAUUUCAAAGAAAAACACAACCAUGAACUUGUAUCUCUUGAUUGUGCUCAUAUGUUGCCAUCGCAAAGAAAGAUAUCAGAUACCCAAGCAAUUGAGUUAGACUUAGCCUCAGAGUCUGGUCUUCAUUUAGGGCAGUCUUUUGAACUGAUGGGUAGGGAAGCUGGAGGGCGGCACUCUCUUGACAAUGAAGAGCAAAUAACGAAUAUGUUUUGGGCCGAUGCACAAAUGGUCAUGGAUUAUGCCCAAUUUGGCGAUGUAGUUAUAUUUGAUACUACCUACAAGUUAAAUAAAGAGCAUAGGCUAUUUGCAUCUUUUGUGGGAUUUAAUCACCAUAGAGAAACAGUUGUCUUUGGUGCUGCGUUGUUAUAUGAUGAGACUGCCGAAACAUUUGUAUGGUUAUUUCAAACUUUUUUAGAGGCUAUGUCCAAAAAGGCACCAAAAACUUUGUUUACCGAUCAAAAUGCUGCAAUGGCUAAGGCCAUACCCAUUGUCAUGCCUGACACGAGUCACCGUUUGUGCACUUGGCACUUGAUGCAAAAUGCAUUAAGGGAUGGUAAUUGUCUCUUUCAAGAUAAGGGGGUGAAAGGUGUAUUAAAUAGAUUCAUGUUUGAUAUUGAGGAUGAAAAUGAAUGGGAAAUGAAGUGGGGGGAAAUGCUUGAUACAUAUGAUGCUCAUGACAAUCAUUGGUUGAAGUUGAUUUUUGGGGUGAAGGAAAAAUGGGGCUGGCCAUAUGUUAGAUCAACAUGGGCUGCGGGAAUGAGUAUAACACAACUUAGUGAAUCUUUUAAUGCAUUUUUGAAGGAUUAUAUUCGUUCUGAUUUUAAUUUAAAUGAAUUCUUCAUGCAUUUUGAAAGGGUACUCUGUGAGAAGCGGUACAAGGAGUUAGAAGCUGGAUAUGCUUUAUGCCAAAGGUUGCCAAGGAUGCGAGCGCCAUUCAUAAUGUUGAGUCAAAUGGGUAAUGUGUACACUAAAAAUAUUUUUGAGGAGUUUCAAGAUGAGUAUUUUCUUUCUGUUGAAUCAGACAUACAAGCAAUUGAAUACAUUGAUGGUUGUAGCCUAUACACAGUUGUUGAUGCUAUUGGGAAAAAUGCAAGGAAAGUGAAAAUGGAAAUGGAUGGCUCUUUGGCUUGUAGUUGUUCAAAGUUUGAAAGGAAAGGGAUUUUGUGCAGUCACUGUUUAAAGGUUAUGAGAGAAAUAUUGAAGUUGAAAGAGAUUCUUUCACAAUACAUUAUGAAGAGGUGGACCAAACAAGCAAGAGGAGAAGCUGUGACGGACAAGUUAGGGAAUGAGAUUCAAGUAGACGUCAAAUUCAAACAAGCCUCGCGGUAUAAGACAUUGAUGACCGCAUUUAGAUCAAUAGCAUGUAGAGCUACUGAAACUGAGGAAAGUUAUGAUUUUUGUUGUUCACAAGUAGCUGCAUUAGGUGCACAUGUUGAAAGCAUGAUAAGUGCACAUUUUUGUCCCGAAAAAAAAGUAAGUAUUAAUGAUCAACCUCAAACCUGUGAGCAAGAAGACAACAAUCAUGAAGACAACAAUCAUGUUGUGCAAAUUCCAAUAGGAUUGAAGAAAAAGCAUCCAACUAGUAAGGGCAAAAAAAGGAUAAAAAGUCCAUGUGAGCUGGCAUUGCAAGCAAGCAUUAAAAAGAAGUCCUGUGCACAAUUUUUGAGUUCUUCAAGACCUGUUACUACUCCAACCGUGAGACCUUCUCCAUUAUCUAUUGGAGGAGAUCUAAGUAUUCAUGAAAAUGUUACUCCUCUUCAUCCUCCUCUUGCUCCCCCUCAUCCUCCUCAUUCCGUUGCCAUGGGUGGUACAAUUCCUCCUCCAUUAAUAUAUCCCACAUAUAAUGCAAACAAUUUGGCAUAUUGUAGACAACCAACAUUUAUGACGCUGCUUCAAGGUGGGUAUGACAUUGGGUUUGAAGAUUCUCAAGGCUCACAGACAGGUUCUCGGCCAACAAAUAAUUUGUUGCUGCAUACUGAAGGUUUGGAUGGCCAUGAAGAGCUGGAAGGCACUUCAACUUUCAUGCAUAGGAGAUGCCUCUAA